AGCCGGGGCCUGCAGUGGAGCCGCGGCCCAGCGCGCACCGAGCCCGAGCGGAGGCGGCAGCGGCGAGGGAGGCCGCGGCGGGCCUGCUGCAACCGAGGGAUCGAGGGAGGGCCGGGUCGGGCUGGGCGCUGCUGCGAGGCUCCGGGGCCGGCCGGCCUUUCCUGCGAGAGCGAGCGAGAGGCGUCCGCAGCGGCCCUUCGCGAGGCCUCCGCCGCGCCCUUCCUGGUCCGUCCAGGCGAGGCCCGGCGCCUCUCCGCCCGCCCACGGAGAUGCGGGAUCGGCGGGCGCUGAGGGCCGGGCGGAGCAUGAGGCCGGGGCGCGGGACGACGGAGACGGAGGCGGCGUCCCCCUGAGCGGCCGGUGGGUCUUGUCCUCCAGCGCCAUGGCUUCCGACCUGGAGAGCAGCCUGACGUCCAUCGACUGGCUCCCUCAGCUCACCCUUCGGGCCACCAUCGAGAAGUUAGGCGGCGCUGCUCAGUCGGGCGCCCCGGGAGCUGGCCGGAAGUGCCCGCCUGGCUCUCCGACGGACCCCAAUGCCACUUUGAGCAAGGAUGAGGCUGCCGUCCACCAGGACGGGAAGCCCCGGUACAGCUACGCCACCCUGAUCACCUACGCCAUCAACUCCUCACCCGCCAAGAAAAUGACCCUCAGCGAGAUCUACCGCUGGAUUUGCGACAACUUCCCCUAUUACAAGAACGCGGGCAUCGGAUGGAAGAACUCCAUCCGGCACAACCUCUCGCUGAACAAAUGCUUCCGGAAAGUGCCUCGGCCCCGGGACGACCCUGGAAAGGGCUCAUAUUGGACGAUUGACACCUGCCCUGAUAUUUCCCGGAAGAGGCGCCAUCCACCAGAUGACGAUCUCUCCCAGGAUUCCCCGGACCAGGAGGCCAGCAAAAGCCCCCGGGGCUCCGUCUCUCUGGGCCCUGAGGCCUCGCUCUCCCCCGAGUCCAACCAGCAGCUCUCCUUGCAAAGCACGCCCCCUCUGAGCAGUUACGGCCAGCAGAGCGCGGGGCCGGUGGAGGUGGCCGCCACGGUGGCGGGCGGACAAGGCCGUGAAGGGACCGAGGGGCCUCCUCCGCACUACAGCACCAGCAACGACUUGAAGUUCUCCUACUCCGAAAUCAACUUCCAGGAUCUGAGCUGGUCCUUCCGAAACCUCUACAAAUCGAUGCUGGAGAAGUCCUCCUCUUCUCAGCAUGAUUUCUCCUCCCUCCUGGGGGAGAUGCAGCCCUCCAACCACAGCUACUACAUGUACCAGCAGCCCCAGGGGCCCCCAUCCGUCCACGCUCCAGCCUCGGACAGCUGCCAGUCCCAGGGCAGCAAGCAGCAGGCGGGGGAUGGCUACGGCCCCGCUCCCGUGAUGUCUCUGCACCCCUCUGCCAUGCAGCACGGAGGGUACCACCAGCACCACCACCUCCCCCAUGCUCACCCGCAGCAGCAGCAGCAGCAGCAGCAGCAGCAGGCAGCCCCUCCUCUCAAUAACGCCGGCUUCGCUUUCCCCCCUGACUGGUGCUCCAACAUUGACUCCCUGAAGGAAAGCUUCAAGAUGGUCAAUCGGCUCAACUGGUCCAGCAUUGAACACUCCCAGUUCUCGGAGUUAAUGGAGAGCCUCCGCCAGGCGGAACGGAAGAACUGGUCCUUAGACCAGCACCACAUUGCCAACCUCUGCGACUCCCUCAACCACUUUCUCACCCAGACCGGGCAGCUCCCUCACCUGGGGGGGCCCCCGCACCCCACCCGCAUCUCCGAGUCCUGUGCCCUGAACAGCAACAAGCAGGAGCAGCCCAUGAGCCAAGUGAACUCGUAUGGCCAGCCGGCACCCCCCCACCUCUACUCGGGACCUUCUGCGAUGUACCCAAUUCCCACCCAGGACUCGCCAGGGUAUAACCGCCCAGGUCACCAUUUGGUUUCGCGGCCCCCUCCAGGCGCCCCCGAGGAGAUCCCUGAUGACUUCAACUGGGAUUUGAUCACCUAGCAAGCCAGAGACUUGGUAGCCCGUCCCUCCUGGAGGCCCCCCCCCCCCCGCGGGGGGGAGGAGGAGGAGGAGGAAGCAGUGCGUGCUGGUCCCAGGCCAGCAGCGCUCGGCCUCCUUCCUUGCCUGUAAAUAGAUAUAUAUUCUCUUCUUCAGCCAGAGAAGCUGCCACCAGAUACUGCCGAAGAUAAUCUUCCUUGCGCUCCUUGGUUUUACCUUCUUUUCUUCUCCCUUAUUAUUAUAUUAUUAUUAUUAUUAUUAUUAUUACCACCUUCCUCCUCAUCCUUGUACCCAGCCCUUUUUGCUCUAUCUGCCAGCUUCGGACUUUACACGUUUAUUGGGCGCCUUGUCUGGAGGCAAGUUGGAAGGCUGCCCUGGGGCCGGAGGAGACUUCCAAAGAAUGGAGGGCACCUCGUCAUCCUCCUCCUCCUCCUCCUCCUCCUCCUCCUCGUCACCUCUUGCCUUGUACAAUCCCUCUUUCCCCCAGAGGUGGCCAGGGACUCUCUUGAUGGCUGCUGAAGUGAGCGCACCCGUGGAUCUUGAGUCUGUAAGAAUUAUGUUCUUCCUAAAUGUCGUGACGUAUGUAUGUGUGUGAGGGGGGGGGGCGGGGAGAGGACUUGUUGGACUGCUCUGGAGGAGAAAUCUGCCCGCUUCUUUGCACCUGCGAGCAGCAGCGGAGGAAGGGAGGCCAGGACGGUGGCCAGAUGGGAGGAAGGCUGAGCUCGGAGAGGCUGAGAGAGGCCGGAACGGGAAGCGAGGAGGAGGAGGAGGAGGAGAUUGUCCGACCUGCAACACGGAGGCUGCUGCCGAGAGAGGAGGUCCGGCGGUGGGGUCGCCUCCAUGUUGGACUCCCUGCCGUUUUGCACUUCAGCCCUUGGCAGGCCAGAAGAGCUGGACAGGCCUGCUCCGUGCCAGGUGGGCUGGACAGCAAGGACCGCUGGACAAGACACCAUCACUCUCCCCCGGGGGCUUCUCCCCCGGGCCCCCCCUCCUUGGCUCCCCUCUUGGAAGGCGGCAGAUGAGACAGACAAAUCAAGAGGAACCGCAACUCUUCUCCCCUCCGAGGGUUCUUUUUUUUAAAAAAAAACUUCUGGAUUUUACUUCUUCUCCCCUUCCUUUUGCUGGAAACGUGUUGUGACUUGUGAUACAAAAGUGGAGGAGGAAGAGGAGGGUUCCCCCCCACCCCCGCGCCUUGUAUAGCCGAGGGAGGGACGAUGCUUCCUGUGGCAGAUGGAGGGAGGCAGAAAGAGGAACGUGGAGACGGGCAGAACUUGGAGGGUGCAGAUGGGAGCCAAGCUCUGAGCGAGUGGUGUGUCCCCCCCACCCCCCACCGGGAAGGGAAGCUGGACAGCCCCUUCUGCUGCAGGGAGGGCCGGGAGCAGCCGAGGCCAGGCGGAUUGGGGGCAGGCCCUUCCAAGCGUGGCCGCUGUACAAAAGGCGCCCACCUGGGAUCCCAUGUUGAGCUGGCUGUGGCACCCCGUGCCCUGCUGCGGGGCUCCCUCUUCCCAGAGUGCUGCUCUGUGGCCAGGCUUCUGCUUCUCCUGCGGGCCCCUCCAGCGGCAAGCCUGCUUUGUGUGGGCGGGGAGGGGGGGAGAGC